AUGGAAGCAGAGCAACGAUUGCAAGGAGGAGAAUGCUCGACCACCUCAUUCACCACUCAAUCCACCCAUCAAUUCCAACACAUUCGAACUACGAAUCAACAGUCACAAAUAUCAAGUAAUCGAGACAUUUCAAAGAAAUGUUUCGCAUUGUUUUUGAUGAUUGUUUGCCUUAUGUGUUUAAUCUCACCCAUUGAAGCUGCUCGAGAAAGAAGACCCAAAAGUGGAUGUAGUAAGUUACGGAAUCCAAUUGUAGCUGAAUUAUUGGAAAAGGUUUGUUUAAUGUGUCACGAGAUGUAUUCCCACGAUAAACCCAAUCUACACGCACACUGCCGUAAAAGCUGUUUCCGAAAUCCGGUAUUCGAAGAGUGCGCGAAACAGUUCGGUUCUCAGCAACCCCUUUCCGGUCUUCCAUUUGAUCGACAAACUCUCUCAUUUUCCGGUGCUUCUCUG